AUGGUUUCCUACCGCUCUUUAUGGCUUCUGGCCCUAACCCCUUUUACCCAGUAUGUGUCUGCUCAACAAUCAACGCCCGUAUCUUACACCGACCCUGACACUGGGAUCGUGUUCGACACAUGGACUGCAUCCGGAUCCCGUAUGACGUUCGGCUUCGCUUUUCCCGAAGAUGGCCAGACCACAAACGCCGAUGAGCUCAUUGGAUACCUCAAUUGCGCGACUCCCAGCGGGAAAGGCAUUGGAUGGUGCGGUCUCUCCUACGGCGGACCCAUGACAAACUCGCUCUUACUCAUGGCCUACCCCCACGACGGCGAUAUUCUGACAUCCUUCUUCUGGGCCAACGCUCAGGUCGAGCCUGUCCAGUACAAGGGCAAGGCUAGCCUGACCCAGAUUUCUUCCAGUAUUACGGCGGAUGGUUUUACUCUUAUCUACCGCUGCCAGGGCUGCACUUCGUGGUCACAAGACGGGAACUCGGGUCAAUUAGCAACCACGUCUUCGAUCGCCGUUCUCGGGUGGGCUCAUAGUACCACGGAUGUGAUUGACCCCGAGUGCCCCCGUGAGGCGAGGAUGCUCCAGCACGAAACCCAGAGCAUCUUCGGUGGCCAACUUACAAGCAAUGCCUUCAACAGUAAGUAUGGCACAUGGGCUAAGCUCGCUACAAAGGUUGUUGAGGGCAACUGCGGCGGUGAGCAGCCUACUUCCACCGCAACCAGUCAGCCUUCCUCCACCGCUGCUCCCAGCAGUACACCAGUUCCUGACGAGACAUACGACUACGUUGUUGUCGGCGGUGGCGCCGGUGGUCUUCCCGUCGCUGACCGGCUCAGCGAGGCUGGCAAGAAGGUCCUUCUGAUCGAGAAGGGACCUCCGUCCUCUGGCCGUUGGGGCGGUACUCGUAAGCCAGACUGGCUUGGAGGCACCAACCUGACUCGCUUCGAUGUUCCUGGUCUUUGCAACGAGAUCUGGGCCGACUCUUCCGGCAUCGCCUGUCCCGAUACCGAUCAGAUGGCCGGAUGUGUUCUCGGUGGAGGCACCGCCAUUAACGCUGGUCUGUGGUGGCGCCCCAAUCCAACAGACUGGGACUUCAACUUCCCCGAUGGCUGGAAGGCCAAAGACAUGGCCACGUACGAGCAGCGUGUCUUCGGUCGCAUUCCUGGUACACGUUACCCAUCAAUGGAUGGUAAGCUAUACCUCGACCAGGGCUUCAAGGUUGUCGCUGGAGCCCUUGAUAAGGCCGGUUGGAACGAAGUGAACGCUCUUGAGAAGCCGGGGGCAAAGAACCGUACUUAUACCCACCCACCUUUUAUGUUCUCCGGAGGUGAGCGAGGAGGCCCCCUUGCUACCUAUCUCGUCUCCGCCAAAGCGCGAAACAACUUCAAGUACUGGACCAAUACCCAAGUAAGACGUGUCGUUCGCUCUGGCGGUCACGUAACCGGCCUCGAGGUCGAGCCCUUCUCCGGUGCCGGGUAUGUCGGUACCGUCAAGCUCACUCCCGAGACUGGUCGCGUUAUUCUUGCGGCUGGCACUUUUGGCAGUGCUAAGAUCCUCCUUCGCAGUGGUAUUGGCCCAGAUGACCAGCUCAGUGUUGUCGCCAACUCUAGUCGUGAUGGUGGCUCCAUGAUCACCAAAGAUCAGUGGAUCAACCUUCCUGUUGGGUACAAUCUUGAGGACCAUACCAAUACCGACACUGUUAUCAAGCACCCCAGCGUCGUGUUCUACGACUUCUACGAGGCCUAUGAUAACCCGAUCCCCUCAGAUAAGAACAAGUACCUGGAUGCACGCUCAGGUAUUCUCGCUCAAGCUGCCCCUAACAUUGGCCCGAUCAUUUUUGACGAGAUUUCUGGUGCUGAUGGCCGUGUACGAUCUAUGCAGUGGACAGCUCGCGUUGAGCCUAGUCUCGGCGAGACUAGCAACAAGUCCAUCACUAUUAGCCAGUACCUUGGCCGUGGUGCCAAGUCACGCGGUCGCAUGACCAUCACAAGUGCUCUCAACACCGUCGUCUCUGGUAACCCCUACCUCAACGAUGCAGAAGACAAGAAGGCUGUUGUCAAAGCCCUCGAUAACCUUCGUAAAGCUCUUUCUGGCGUGGAGGGUCUAGAGUGGCUCCAACCAGCUCCAGGUGUCACCUCGCAGAAAUAUGUCGAUGAUAUGGUCGUCUCGUGGAGCAACCGCCGCGCUAACCACUGGAUUGGAACCAACAAGCUCGGCAAGGAUGACGGUCGCCAAGGUGGUACGGCCGUUGUUGACCUCAACACCAAGGUCUAUGGCACUGACAACCUCUUCGUCACUGACGCUUCUAUCUUCCCAGGCAUGGUCACCACAAAUCCCAGUGCAUACAUCGUCACCGUCGCGGAGAGGGCCAGUGCCGCUAUCCUAGCCCUUCCCGUGUCCAAGGCCCAGGGGCAGUACCAGCAGUGCGGUGGCAAUGAGUGGACCGGGAACAUGCAGUGUGGCAAGGGAUUUUACUGCAAGAUUCUGAAUCCAUUCUACUCGCAGUGCUAUCCUGACUCUAAUCGAUGA